AUGGUGCUGGAAGAAGUAUUUCCUUACCCAGAAGUGAAAAAUGAAGAACUAGAGGAGAUCAAGCAGCUUGUGCAACCUAUAGAAAAAUUCUUCAGGGAAGAAGUGGAUUCUCAGAAAAUUGAUCGAGAUGGAAAAAUCCCACCUGAAACUUUAAAAGGUCUGAAGGACCUGGGUCUCUUUGGCAUGCAGAUUCCAGAGGAAUAUGGUGGUCUUGGUCUGUCAAAUAUCAUGUAUGCCCGUCUGGGAGAAGUCAUUUGCUUAGAUGGAUCUAUAACGGUUACUCUGGCAGCUCACCAAGCUAUUGGGCUCAAGGGAAUUCUCAUUGCUGGCACUGAUGAACAGAAAGCGAAGUACUUGCCUAAAUUGGCAUCUGGAGAGCACAUUGCAGCUUUCUGUCUCACAGAACCAGGAAGUGGAAGUGAUGCUGCAUCCAUCCAGACAAGAGCAACCCUCAGUGAAGAUGGAAAAUACUUCUUAUUAAAUGGCUCCAAGGUUUGGAUAUCAAAUGGUGGCAUCGCUAGUAUUUUCACAGUAUUUGCUAGAACAGAAAUCGUUGAUAAAGAUGGAACACGGAAAGACAAAAUUACUGCUUUCAUUGUAGAGCGAGAUUUUGGUGGAGUCACCAGUGGGAAACCUGAGGAUAAGUUAGGCAUUCGAGGAUCCAACACAUGUGAAGUACAUUUUGAAAACACAAAAGUGCCUAUAGAAAAUGUUAUUGGUGAAGUAGGAGGGGGAUUUAAGAUUGCCAUGAAUAUCCUAAACAGUGGAAGAUUUAGCAUGGGCAGUGUGUCUGCUGGAAUUAUUAAAAAAUUGAUAGAAAUGACAGCAGAGUAUGCUUGUACAAGGAAACAAUUCAAUAAGAAACUGAGUGAAUUUGGAUUAAUUCAGGAGAAGUUCAGCCUUAUGGCCGUGCAGGCGUACGUCAUGGAGAGCAUGGCCUACCUCACGGCGGGAAUGAUGGACAGGCCGGGCCUUCCCGACUGCUCCGUGGAGGCCGCCAUGGUCAAGGUGUUCAGUUCGGAGGGUACAUGGAGAUGUGUAAGUGAAGCCCUGCAAAUUCUUGGAGGCCUUGGCUAUAUGAAAGAGUAUCCCUACGAGCGCUAUCUCAGAGACAGCAGGAUACUUCUCAUUUUUGAGGGAACAAAUGAAAUUCUGCGAUUGUAUAUUGCUUUGACGGGUAUGCAAUAUGCAGGCAAAAUCUUAACUGAAAAAAUUAAAGAAAUCAGGAAGGGCAAUGUAGGAGUGGCACUGGGGGAAUUCCUACGGAGAUUCCAGGACGCAAUGGGCAGAAAGGUGGAUUACGGGCUGGUUGGUGAACGUGGAGUAGUGCACCCCAGUCUGCAGGAAAGUGGCAAGAAACUUGAGGAAAACAUUUAUUAUUUUGGAACGACAGUGAAAGGCCUGCUAAGCAGGUUUGGCAAGACAAUAGUGGAUGAGCAGCUGAUUCUGAAGAAAGUGGCAGAUAUAGUUAUUAAUUUAUAUGCAAUGACAGCAGCUAUCUCCAGAGCGAGCCGGUCUAUCAGCAUUGGUCUGCGAAAUCAUGACCAUGAGGUGCUUCUUACAAAUAUCUUCUGCACAGAAGCAUAUUUCAAGAAUAAUUAUGCCAUAGCUCAAUUAGAAAAAUAUGCGGACGAAAACCUGGAUGACAGUAUUAAAAAAGCUGCAAAGCAAGUGCUGGAAAAGAGAGUCUAUAUUUGUUCUCACCCACUGGACAGGACAUUCUAAUUAAUGACAGCAAAUGAACUGCAGAAAAUUACUGUUCAUUUACAAUCA